AUGGACCUCAUCAUCGCCUUCGAUUGGGCUUCUCGAAAUCUUCACAGGCAUAGAGCCGCGGCGAUGUGGAAGAGCCACAGGAGGCGCAACGCGGCACCUCGUUGGGAUAAUGGGACUAAAUGGUGCAUAAGAAAACUUGUAGGACUAAAUGGUUUAGCUUUCUACCAUAUAGGAUUUACUGUUCCUCCUCCUCGCCGUUGUGCUACUCUGCAACUCCUUCCAACAACCCACGACGUUACUGUGAAGCAUUUUGAAAACCUUGUUUACAUUCGUGUAAAGGGUGAAUCUUCCUCCGUACAACAAUUAAUUGGGCACACUGAAUCAAACAAUGACAGGGGCUUACUUAUGAAAGAAGUCAAGGAUGGGGUUCGCAAGGAAGAAGAGAUGAAGAUCGAAGCUGCAGUUGGAUUUCGGCAGAAGUUGAUAGUUGGUCACAAUUGCUUUCUUGAUAUUGCGCACAUAUAUAGCAAAUUUUUAGGUUCUCUUCCUUCGACUGCUGAAGAAUAUGUCUCUUCUGUUCACAAAUACUUUCCAUACAUCAAUGACACAAAAGUACUUUUAAAUGCAAAUGAUGUACUUAGAGCUAUGAUGAAGAAGGGCAGCACAUCACUGUCCAAAGCAUUUGCCUUCUUGUGUCCAGAAAUUGCUUCGAGUGUCGAAGGAUCUAGAUUGGGUCUCAAGCCACAUGUUAACAUCGAGGUUCAAGUGGAUGACAGCAGGUCCUCGAACUGGAACUCUGGAGCUAAGCAUGAAGCUGGCUAUGAUGCUUUUAUGACGGGUUGUAUUUUUGCCCAAGUAUGCAGUCAUCCUGGGUUCAAUUUCAAGCUUCAUCCACCCUUCACAAAUUUGACCCAUGAUGAGAAGCUCCAAAAGCACAUUAAUCUUCUUUAUUUAAGCUGGAUUAACAGUGACAUUAUUGAUCUGAGGACUGGUAAGCAGACUGCAGAGUCUUCAUAUAACAGCCUAAAAUUUAGGUAUCCGAAGAUUGUCUUUUCAAAUAUUUGUUUAAUUUGGGGAUUUCCAUCCAAACUCAAGGCAAGGGAGAUUAGGGAAUGCAUCUCUAAAGUCUUUGGCCCAAGCUCGGUUUCUUCCAUCUAUCACUUAGAUGAAACUGCUGUGUUUGUUCAGUUUAGUAAAGAAGAAUAUGUCUCUGUUUUUCUGGAGUUGAAGGAAACCUUGGAAAGAAACAAUGAUCCAAGCUCGGUUUUGCAUCCGCUCUCGAAACUCCUGGAAGGUGGAAACACUCGAGCUUCCAGUUACGAGUUCUAUAAAGAGAUUUGCAGUUCAUCGAUUUCGAAAGUAUUGUUUGCUGAUCAGGCGGAGUCAAUUGGUAUUAAAUGGAAGACCAAAUUGUUGGGAGAAAAUGAAAUGGCUUCUUUUCGAAAUUCUACCGGCGAAAGUGAGUCGGGAAGGAUGAACAGUGUGAUAGAUGAUCUAUCGUGCAGCCAUUUCUUGGUUGACCUUUGCUAG